GACAGCAUUUGCGUAAGAAUCGUUCGAAGCAGCAAGUCACACUGUCAAACCACUUCUAACAGCCUUCGCAUUCGUGCUGAAAUUUCGUAGUUGCGAUAAUUUUCCAAAACAACAACAUGGAAAUUUUAUACAAUAGGACAGUUCCAUUAGGAGAAGGUGGCUAUGGUUCAGUGUUUCCAGGAACCUUUCAAGGCCGAGAAGUGGCAGUCAAAAGAGUACUCCUUAACAUGGCUAACGGUAAUGAAGAGGAAGCUCUAAAUCAGUUAGAUCACCCCAAUAUCGUCAAACUCUUCCAUGUUGAGUGCACCGACGAUUUCAUGCUAUUUGCUUUGGAGCUCUGCACCGCGUCAUUAGAUCAGGUAUUUCUAAGGCCUGAUCAUCCUGAAAAAUACAAAGGGCCUAAAUUGCCAUACCAUUUUGAAGUUUUCUCGCAAUUGGCUUCUGGUCUCGAGUACAUACAUUCCAAGAAUUUAAUUCAUCGAGAUAUAAAGCCCGAAAAUGUACUGAUUUCGGUCGACUCCAGCACUAAUACGCAAGACGUAAAGGUAACAAUGAAAUGGGCUGAUUUUGGUCUGUCCAGGGCCGUGAAUGAGCGAGGGACAUACCCGAUGAAUAGUGGAGUAAAAGGAACAAGAAACUGGUACGCGCCCGAGUUGCUUAGAUUACUUCAGGAAUCUGAAGCAAAAGGGCAACAGCAGCCUAGAGGUACCGUCAAAAGCGAUUUAUUUGCACUAGGCCUCGUCUUCGCUUAUCUUCUGUUAGACGGGCAACACAUUUACGGUUCUAAUGAGAUUGACAUUAUUAACAACAUCUUGGGAGACAAAGCGAUCAACAUGAAGAAAAUAGAUCGAUUGCACUACGCAUAUGAUCUUGUUACCGAAAUGUUAAAAAAUGAAGCUGCUGAUCGAAUAUCUUCAUCAAAUAUUGUUGAGAGACUCAAAUCAGAAAAAGAUAAGCUUGCAGAAAAAGAAAAGGAACUGUUCUUACUGUGUAAAAUAAGAUACCCAGCUACUUCCAUAAUUAUUUCUUCAACAAAUCAAAACGAAAAGUUAAAAAUGUUGAUCCAGCAGGGAGUUGAUGUGAAUAAGAAAGAUAAAGACGGAUACAACGCACUCCAUUUAUUGUGUUGGAAUAAUUCAAGCGAAAGAUUAAUCGACGCAAUCAAAUUAUUAAUCCAACUCGGGAUCGACGUCAAUGAGAAAAACAACAACGGAUACAACGCACUCCAUUUAUUGUGUUGGAAUGAUUCAAACGAAAAAUUAAUCGACGCAAUCAAAUUAUUAAUCCAACUCGGGAUCAACGUCAAUGAGAAAAACAAAGAGGGAGAAAACGCACUCCAUUUAUUGUGUUGGAAUAAUUCAAGCGACAAAAUAAUCGACGUAAUCAAAUUAUUAAUCCAACUCGGGAUCGACGUCAAUGAGAAAAACAACCAAGGAAGAAACGCACUCCAUGUAUUGUGUCGAAAUUAUUAUUCAAGCAAAAGAUUAAUCGACGCAAUCAAAUUAUUAAUCCAACUCGGGAUCGACGUCAAUGAGAAAAACAACGGAAACAACGCACUCCAUUUGUUGUGUUGGAAUAUUUCAAGCGAAAAAAUAAUCGACGCAAUCAAAUUGUUCAUCCAACUCGGGAUCAACGUCAAUGAGAAAAACAAAGACGAAGAAAACGCACUCCAUUUAUUGUGUCGAUUUAAUUCAAGCGAAACAAUAAUCGACGCAAUCAAAUUAUUAAUCCAACUCGGGAUCGACGUCAAUGAGAAAGACAAAGACGGAAACAACGCACUCCAUUUAUUGUGUUUGAAUAAUUCAAGUGAAAGAUUAAUUGACGCAAUCAAAUUAUCAAUCCAACUCGGGAUCGACGUCAAUGAGAAAAACAACUACGGAUGCAACGCACUCCAUUUAUUGUGUCAAUAUAAUUCAAGUGAAAGAUUAAUUGACGCAAUCAAAUUAUUAAUCCAACUCGGGAUCGACGUCAAUGAGAAAGACAAAGACGGAGACAACGCUCUCCAUUUAUUGUGUCGAUUUAAUUAUUCAAGCAAAAGAUUAAUCGACGCAAUCAAAUUAUUAAUCCAACUCGGGAUCGAAGUCAGUGGCAUCGACGUACGUACGAUGUUACGGGAAAAUAAAACUAAACAUCUGAACGAAAUCAUAAAACUCUUCGACGAAGCAUCUCUUACAUAAACAUGUGUGCCUGUUAGCCCUGUAUCAAUCAUGUGACGUGUAUCUUAUAAAGGGAAAUAUAUUAUUUGAACUGCUGACAUUUUCCGAAAAAUAUUUGACGUGAAACAGCUGACAAAGUAAUAGUUGAAAAUAAGUUAUGUUUCAGAAAUUAAAACCCAUUAAAGCUAGUAAUAAGGCGGUGAAUACAUAACAUCCCACGUCGUCGACUGUGAAGGCUCAACGAUUUUAGUUACAGGUUAUUUGACGCCGAAACAUUGUCACAGUUCAUCAGCGGCAACAAGAAACGUUAAAAUGGGAGAACAAAACUGGGGAAAAGUAUUGCCUCUUGAAAUGUUUCACGAUUAUGAGUUAUGGUGACCGAUUAUUGCUGAUACCAUCGCAAGACACGUUUCAUCACUCAAUUAAAACUUUGAUUUUCCUUUAUUUUCUGUCUGCUAUGGUAAAAGAAUUAGAUGAUUUUUCUCAAGGCAGUACACAGAAGAAACUGUCAAAUAUUUGGUGGUGUUAGCGGGAAAUCUUUUCUCAAAAGAGGCUGACUACCAAAAUAUUUUGGCUCCAUUUCAAAGCAUCAUGCACGUCAAUCUUCAUUUCAGCUGUGCAAGGCCAUCCUUCAAAACAUCACUUAAAGAUUAUAUGAAUUGAUUUACUCUUAGAAAUUGCUCAAUCAAAGUUCAGAAAAUAAAAUGCAUCAACAUUUUGUUGAUUAUGCUUUGUACUCAAUAUUGAAACUUACAGUCAACUUUGGAUUCGAACUUGCCUUCUCCUCGCUAGCU